AUGAAAAAGCGAAAUGGAAUUUUUCAAGAGCCUUUUGAUGAGCAGAGGCAGAAAUUCAAGAGAACUCAAAGGCGAUCAGAGGUGACUGAGAUGCCCAGGCUGGUCAGAAAGUGGUUAAAUGCGGUUCCCACCGCUGUGAAGAAUAAUUUCAAAAUCAGGAGUUUUGCUACUGUAAGCGAAGUGAGGGAUACUACAACGAUAAACGUCACGGCUACAGAGCCAGUCAAAGUCAGUGACAAGAUUCUGAAUUGGUCGCGGGAGGCAAUCGCUCAAGGCAAGCCACACUUCAAGGUUGGCGGAACACCUGUGUUCUUUCCGAAGGCGCGCGUCGUCUUGCUGAGGCCGAAUGCCAAGCACACGCCGUUCCAGGCUAAAUUUAUCGUACCUAAGUCGUUCAACAAGCUGGACCUCCGCGACUACCUUUUCCACGUAUAUGGACUGAGGGCCAUGAACGUGACUACGCAACUUCUGCAUGGCAAGUACACGCGUGUCAACCAAGUGAUGCCGCGUUACAGAUCGGCGCAAAUCAAGAAAAUGACCAUCGACAUGGCAGAGCCUUUUGUGUGGCCCGCAGAGCCCGUGGACAAAGAGCCCUGGGCCGCGACGCUGGUGGAGGACCUCCAGAAAUAUCGUGAGGAGCAAACCCGUAUCGGCUCGGACAAAUUCAAGCCUGGCACCGCGUUCGAUGGCGCGCUCGGGCCCUACCAGCCUCCACCACAGCCUUUUGUACCCAAGUUCCUUAAGCGCAGAAUAACAAACAGCAGGCGCCGGGCGCAGGCGCGUGUGUCGCAGCUGGAGAGGUUACUGAAGGUGGACAAGUUUGCUCAGGCCAGCUCCUGA